UGUCGGUUACGUGCAUCUCAGCAGCGCAGUGAGUGAAGAGAAAGCAAGAGAAGGAUGAGUUUUACAUGCUAAUGCUUGUAUUUCCUACCCACUUCCCCCUUUUUAACAUAUUCUUUUAGAUCUGAGGUGUACUGAGAACAUUGUACUUUAAGAAGCGUGAUGAUUGACGAAUUCGAAAGCCAUGCGGUCCGAUCUAGUGGAGAUCUGUGGUCUGAGAUCUGCUCCAGUCUGCCAGAGCCUCAUGUACAGGAUGGUGGACAGUUUACAGACUCAUUUGAGCCUUCCUCUCCAGGAAACCCUCAGAGCAACUCUCCCAGAGCUUCUUUCUGCCCCUGGGAACCUAUGGCUGACUCUGAGGUUUACAUUGCCAGUUUAGAAAAUCGUUUGAAGAGGAUCAAGGGACAAUCGAAUGAAGUAACAUCAAGAGAAAUGCUCCGUUCCUUGUCCCAGACUAAAAAGGAAUGCUGGGAUAGAUUCCUUCAUGAUGCCCAAACCUCAGAAUUGUUCCAGGAAGGGAACUUUGAUCAGAGUGCUUUGGAGCAGUUCAAGCGCUGGCUGUCUCCUGAAAGGGUGGCCAUCAACGCAGAAGAGCUGGAGUACCUUCUCUUGCCCACACAGAACAGUGAGGCUCCUGCCAGCUCAACCCAAACUGACAAGCCAUGUGAGGAGGAAGAGUGCCCGAGCCCAGAGAAAUAACCAUAUCACAGCAAUAACUGACCAGCAGUGUUGGGGGAAUCAAGAAUAUGUGAGGUCUGGUUGUGGAGUAUUACGAUUCAUUUAAUGGGAUCAUUUGAUUCACAGAUUUCUAUUAAGGUGUCUUUGGUUGUGCAUGUCUCUCAAUCUGGUUUCAACUCAAGAUUCAUUAUUGUAUCUUCAUAUUUGUAGGACUGAAAGAAAUACACGUGUGAAUUAAAAAAUACAAUCUCUUUCUUUGAAAAA